AUGUCCGCGCAUCUGCAGUGGAUGGUCGUGCGGAACUGCUCCAGGUUCCUGAUCCAGAGAAACAAGCAGACGUACAGCAGCGAGCUCAAUAACCUGAAAGCCCGCAACUCCUUCCGCUACAGCGGGCUGGCACACCGCAAGCCGGUGGGCGUCAAGCCUGCUGCCGACGGCAAGGGGUUGUGGUGGUCCUGA